AUGAGUUUCCUCGGUGACGGCAUGCCUUCGGCCCCACUCACGGGCAAGGAAAUAUUCGGCACGGGAGUCAGCGUCAAAGAAGAGCUCAGCGAAGAUGUCACCGAAGAUACAUGCCUGGAAAUAAAGGAGGAACCACUUGAUUAUGGAGAUGAACCGAGAAAUGAAGUGUUUAACGUGAAUGUAAUACGUGAAAAUCUUUUCCUUCAUAAUCCUCUUGAUCUGAGACAUGAAUCACAUGUAAAGGACUUAUGUAACUUGGUUCAGGAUUUUAAUGACAUGUCAAAAGUACCAUUUAGGGCUAAGGACUGUGGGAAGACGUGUUCAUCAGAUGGGGUGUGUUUCAAGGAAUUGUCUAAAGAGAGUCACAUCAGGAUUCACAUGAGAGUCCACACAAAGGAGAAGCCAUACAACUGUGGUAUUUGCAAAAAGGCCUUCCAAUAUGAUUCUAGUUUUUUUAAUCAUAUGAUAAUGCAUACAGAAGAGAAAUCAUACAGCUAUGAACUAUGCAACAAGGCCAUCUCACAGAAACAUAAUCUGGUGAAGAACAUGAGAGUGCAUACAAAGAAGAAAUCAUAUACCUGUGACACUUGCAGUAAGACAUUUUCUGAGAGAAGUUAUCUUGUAAAGCACAUAAGAGUACAUACAAAAGAGAAGCCAUACAACUGCGAGAUUUGUAACAAAGCAUUCACAUGGAAGCGUAGUCUGAAAACAUGUCUAGAAAGUCAUAUGACAGUACAUACAAUAGAGAAACCAUACAGCUGUGAGAUUUGCAAGAAAGGCUUCUCAUAUAAAUGUAGUCUAAAGAUUCAUAUGAGAAUGCAUAGAAAGGAGACAUACAACUGUGAGAUUUGCAAUAAGGCCUUCUCAUUAAAAAGUCAUCUAGUAAGACACAUAAGAGUUCAUACACAGGAGAUUUGCAAUAAAAACUUCUCAGAUAAAUCUGGCCAAAUAAAACAUAUGGGAGUACAUAUGAAGGAGAAGCCAUACAGCUUCUCCAAAGACUUUUCAUCCACAUGCACUGCUGUCACUGACUAG